UGCCCGAACUCAAAACACUUCUUUUUCCAAGAUGGCGUCGAUGAGGGACAGCGACACCGGCCUGUGGCUUCACAACAAACUAGGAUCCACGGACGAGCUCUGGACGCCUCCGAGCAUCGCUUCUCUCCUCACCGUGUCCGUAAUCGACAACAUACGGCUGUGCUUUUCGAGCUUGUCGCCGCCGGUGAAGCUGAAGCUGCUGCUCGGGAUGCUGCAUCUUCCCCGGCGGACCGUUGACGAGAUGAAGGAGGCCUUGUCGGAGAUAAUCCAGCUGGCUACGGUGGAUUCAGAGCCAUGGGUGCUGAUGGUUGCAGACAUCCUCAAGUCCUUCCCAGAGACCGGCUCUCUCAAUCUGGACUUGGAGGAACAGAAUCCAAAUGUGCAGGAUAUCCUCGGAGAGCUCAGGGAGAAAGUGAGCGAGUGCGAGGCGUCUGCCAUGCUUCCUCUGGAAUGCCAGUACCUGAAUAAGAGUGCGUUGACCACUCUAGUGGGACCCCUGACUCCCCCCGUCAAACAUUUCCAGCUGAAGAGGAAGCCCAAGAGUGCAACCCUCAGAGCAGAACUGUUACAGAAAUCCACAGAGACAGCCCAACAGCUGAAAAAGACAGCCGGAGUGCCUUUUCAUGCCAAAGGGAGAGGAUUGGUCAAAAAGAUUGACACUACUACUCCUCUCAAGGGGAUUCCCAAAGCCCCGUUCCGCAGCCCCACCGCCCCCAGUAUGUUCAGCCCUCCCAGUAACCGCACGCCUAUUGCCCCCGCACGGACGCCCCUCCGUAAGGAGAGGGGGGUCAAGCUGUUGGAUAUUUCAGAGCUGGACAUGGUUGGAGCUGGAAGAGAAGCUAAGAGGAGAAGAAAGACUUUGGAAACGGAGCCCGGAGAGAAAGCAGCCAAAGAAGAAGCAGUGGUGGAAAACACCACACCGGACUACGCUGCUGGGCUCGUCUCUGCACAGAAACUUGGGGCGCUGAAUGAGAAUCCUCUGCCUUCGACCAGCUACCUACCAGCCACACCCAGCAUGGUUCCCUCCUCCUCUUACAUUCCCAGCUCCGAGGCACAGCCAGCAAAUGCUGGUGGUUCGGGUCGGGACACGCUGCAGGCGGCUCGCCAGCCAGAGGAGUCGGCAACAGCAGGCACUGGAGCCAAUGCCACCUUGCCGGGCCAGUACAAGCAGAGGACGCCCAUGUACAACGCAAGCACCACAGCAAACCCUGCAACACCCACAUCCCCCAGCACACCCGUCUCCACCCCGGCCAGCAACGGACCCCCAGCAGCUGCGACCGCCAGCCAGCCAGAGACUCCCACCCAGCCUCCCAGCACACCUCAGACCCCGACCCCGACACCAGCCCCUACGCCGUCACAGCCCCAGCCCAAAAAGAACCUCUCGCUUACGAGAGACCAGAUGUACGCUGCCCAGGAGAUGUUCAAGACAGCCAACAAGGUCACCAGACCAGAGAAGGCUCUCAUCCUGGGCUUCAUGGCUGGAUCCAGAGAGAACCCAUGCCCGGAGCAGGGGGACAUCAUCCAGAUCAAGCUGAGCGAGCACACAGAGGUCCUGCCCAAAGCCGACGGCACCGGCAGCACCACCAUGCUGGUGGACACAGUCUUCGAAAUGAACUAUUCCACAGGACAGUGGACCCGCCUCAAAAAAUACAAACCCAUCACCAAUACCUCCUGAGGCAUUUCACUUGCUCAAGAUCACACACGCAAAAUUUCUUAUCCACUUCAGAAAAAAACCGCCAUGUUUACACACAAAUACAAGUAUUUACAUACAUUUGGGCCAAAUCAAGCACUGGGAUGGUGAGAGAUAAUCAAUAAGAGAACGGUCCUCCCUUCUCCUGCAACGCCAAAAUGCAGGACUCCGAAGAAUAUAUAUAUAUAUAUUUUUUUUUUGGUUGUUUCCCUUAGCCUUUUACUGUUUCUGUUUUUAAGUCUCCUCUGAUUCCUGAAUGAUGCUGUGCCCCAGAGGGGUGAGAGUUAUGAGUCUGAGCAGAGGAAUUGUCCUCAUGGCAGGCACCUUUCAACAUUUGUACCGAGGUACAAGCAUGUCACGUGUCUAGAAAGAAGACAAGCUGUCUGUAUUUUUCUGUACAAAUGUCAUGUUUGCAGCUUAUUCUUCUACCUUUCAGAACAGAACCAUGUUUUGUGACAAAACAAAGGAGAGAACAAUGAUGACGGUCAUCACUGAGGUGACGAAAACAAAGAACACACAGGUGGUGAAUAGUUCUCAUUGCUGUCACGUUCUGUUUGGAGCCUUCUGGUAGAUGUUUAGUAAUUUUUCAUCCUUUUUUCAAAAGAAGGGAAGAAAAUAAAUUGACAACAGAC